UCGCAAUCCAAGGUUUUACUGUACUGUAAAAGAAAAUGUACAUGGACAAAGAAAAAGAGUUGGGGAUCUAUCCAGAAGAUGCCAUUCCAUAUCUGGUGUUGAAAGGUGAGGGGGAAAAAAAAAAUCGGUUCGUAAAGACCCCGACCUCGUAUUGAAGGCUCCUCCUUCUGUGGCGCUUUAGUUGCAGAGCUCCAUCCUCUUCUAAAGCUGGUUCCGUAGUGAUUGCUCAUUUCCAGGAGAUGCAGGAUUUACAUAAGGUGACAAGCAGAAGAGACGGGGCUUGUGAUGAUCACACUGGAAGUGACUUUGGUUGUCCUCCAGCAAUGUCUCCUCCAUUCCAGAGUAAAUUGAAACGGCAUUAAUUCUGGUGCGUCACUUUUCUUCUUCCCACAGAAUAAACCCCAGCUGUUGCCCGAGAGGCACUCGUGAAGCUUGUGUGACUGCCAGUACACAGGAGGGUGACAUGGAGCGGAGUGAUUGGCAUUUGUGAAUGACUGUAUUGAAGCCCAUUUUGUCAACUGAACACACCGUGCAAAUAAAGAACAAGUGUGUUGGCGAGUGCGGAAGUCUUGAUGUGUUGGCCGAUCCAUAUUUUUAUAUGGCACCUCAUUAGCAAAAAUGGCUGAAAAGCAGGACCCAACCGUGGAGGAUGCAUUCCAGAUACUAUCCAAGGCGCCGAAAGAGAGACUUCUGAGCCUGUCCUUCAGGGAAGUGCGGUCUUGUGCCGACAAACUUGUACAUUCCAUGAUUCUUCUGAAACUCGGCCGAACUGUGGAAGCUCAGGCUGAACUCGAGAAACUUGAUACCCAGGCGGCCAGCUAUAUUGCCAAAAGACUGGUCUGCGAAAGCCCGCCGAUUGCCGAAGAUGACAGAAUGGCAUCGUUUCAACAUGACCCGGACUUCCUGGUGGAUGUGGCCCGGAUCUUUAAGGUUCUGGUUGCUGAAAACCUGUGCAAGGCCUGCUUGCGGGAUGACGCUUAUGUGGCCGCUGUGAAAGCGUAUGAACGCAGACCUGGGAAGAGUCUGUCAAGUGUGGAGGAGCUGAUCACGGAGAGCAGAAGAGAAUGUGGACCACAUUUGAAUUUUUCGGGGAUUGAGGAGAGUGAAGGAGGGCUAACCUCCCAAAUAAACGGUCUUUCCCCCUCUCCUCCAUCUCCUAGUCCAGCCCUGCCUUGUCCUUUAAGGUCCUGCGAUAAUAGCCCUUUUUCUGGUAUUAGUCAUCUGGAAAUCAGCCAGUCUCCCACGGUGUGCCUUGCAUCCAAAAGAUCUGGGAAUGAGGAGAAUUUCAAUUCCGGUAUCUCCUCGGAGAGUGAAGUAACAAAUGCUGCUGGUCCUCCUUCUUCAAAGUGUAUGUCUAACAGACAUGGUGAGUCCCUGAUACGGAGCACUCGGUUAUCGGGUCUGUCUCAGAAGGUGGCACCUCGCUCCGUUGCUCUCCCUUCCGGAGUGGUUCUUCAGAGCAGGAGCAGCGCCCCUGUUGAUUCAAAGUGCACGAUUGAUAAAGGAAACGCACAAGGAUGCCGUUUUCCAUCCACGGCUGACCAUCGCCUGCCUGUGUCAACCCCAUCCGAAAGUGCCGAAAGCUUCGCUGCCCACAAAAACGGCAAAGAGUCGGUCACCAAAAGCGUACCUGAAGCCAUUCGGACCCCGGGACCUCCAGACUUGCCGUCCAAUGCACAGGAGGACGAAGUCCUGGAUGUGGAGUUUUUUUCCUUUGUUUUACUGCACGCCCCAGAAGAUGCUGAGCAGGCAGAGGAAGUUCAGGAGACCCUGGAGCGACUGGGAGCAGGAAAGGGGGCCACUUUCAGCCAGGACUUUGAACAACCUGGGAAGUGCCGUUUGAGUUGCCUUCAGGAAGCCGUCAACAAAUCGGCCUUCACCGUCAUCCUCCUAACGAGAAAUUUUAACUCGCGCUGGGCCGCCUACAAGACCAACUCGGUGCUGACCGAGUCCAUUGAGAACCGCCACAAGUACAACACCGUUAUCCCUUUCAAGCCCAAAAAAAGAUGCGCAUCUCCUAAUGACAUCCCUUACGCGCUUCGCUGCAUAAAUCCGCUGGAUGAGAAGAAACCGGGGUUUGAGAAGAAGGUGAAGAAGACGUUUGAUAAAAAUACAAUCGAAAGCCAAAGGAGCCUCUGGCUACAAGAGCAAAGAAUUUCUCAAAAAAACCAGAAGGAAGCUGAGAUGAAAGACUUGAACCAAAACUUGCAGCGCCUGUGUAAUGCCGACCUCCGCCUUGCUGCUGAGGAGAAGCACAAGCACGAUCUCUUAAAAGCUUGGCAACAACAAAUGUAUCAGUUACAGCGGCCCCCCUUUCAUCCUUCGGCGCAGUGUCUGCCACCCCCUGGUAUGCAGAAUCUUUUUUUCAAUAAUGGUCAAAAUUACUUCAUCCCAGAGCUACCGAAUUUCCCUAACCCAGCAGCUACACCCACCCCAGGGGACAAUCCAGAACUCGGACGACUGCACCCAGCCUACCAGCAGCCGAAUAUCAUCCAGAUUCACCAUGCCCAGAACAUUCAGAUCGGUGAUCAGGCUCGGAUGAGCGUCUGCGUGGCUACUGAGAACGUGGAAGACAACGAAGACGAGGAAGAAGAAGGAGAGGACACUUGAGAACGGUCUGAAGGCUUGGAGACCUGCUAUUGAAACGACGGUUGCUAAUUUUCCAUUAACGGGUUGGUGGGAGCGGUGAUGUGGUUUAUAGGGUCCUUAUCGUCGUGUAUAUGGAGUUACAGUGAAAUUCUUACUUGCAGCACGUUGGCACCUUGAUUAUAUGAUCCAUGUUGUCUUGGAGUGACAUUC